GUUGUUUGUUAAGGUAGUUCGUCUGAGUGUCUAGUAAGCGUGAAGUCUUUGUCUGUGUGAGGCCAAAUGUUAAGGCUCUGUAUUUCGUUCGCAGAAGAUUGUGACGUGAUAAAAGUGUCUGAAUUAAAUGAAGAGUUUAAAGAUUUCUCGGACAAAUAUAUGCAGCGAAAAUGGUAUUAGAGAGGGUAUGGGUGCCGUAUUUAUUUCUUAUCGUUACCAAGGCGACAGCAUGGAACUUGAACAAUCUUCCGGAACCACAGUCCAGUGCAUGCUUGGCCCAGGAAGUGAACGAAAUCGAGGACGUGAAGUUAUGCGACCCUGACAACACUCUACCAUACCUUCAUAAAAUCAUGACUGCAGAACUCCUGACGAUGUGUGAAGAUGACGGACCGGAAGGAGUGGCAGUAUUUUUAUUGUUGGUUGACACAGUUCGCUCCCGUGAUACAAAACCCAACGAAAAACAACGUGCGAAAGACCCGGUCGACCGUUUGAUGGAGAGAGCCGCCAGAUUCUACAACUUGACAACACAAAAGUCCGCUGUCUUUAUGCUAGCUGUCCAGAAUCCAUUGCAGGUGAAAAUAUGGAGAAGUGACACCUUACUUGACAAGAUGCCUGAAGAAACACUGGAAAAUGCAACGAUUUAUGCAACACAGGUGUAUGCAAGUUAUACGGACUUCCCUUCUGCGGUUAAUGUGUUUGUCACUGAACUCUGUAAGAGUCUCAGGGAGGAAGAGAAAACCAGACGAUGGGGGAACGCCACAGACAUUUUGUUGAUCCUCUUUGUUGGAUUCUACAUCAGCAUUGUCAUUACUCUGACCGUUCUGAUGAUUCGAGCGUUCCGCACGCGCCAGCUGGACACCUCGAGCGAAGCCGGCGACCUACGCAGUGUCCCCGGCCGCCACCUGCAGCAGAACCCGCUUUCCCUCGAACUGCAUGAGUACGGUGCUAUGGCGACCUACACCUCUACGGGACAUAUCCUACUGAGCACUACGGAUGUCACUGCUCUCAACACGGCCUGUGCAUCCACCGAGCAUCUUUUAGAUACUUAGGUCGUGUGUGUAAAGCUGGGCGGGUUUGGGUGUAGAAUCGUUGGUGAUUCGUGUGAUGGGAUAAUGGCAUAAACACGAAGACGUGUAUGUGGAACUUAAAUUUAAGUAUUCUUUAUUGUGCGAUGUGACGUAAGAUUGUACAUAUUUUUGGAAUGGACACUCAGAAGCUCUUUUACUCGUGAUAAAAUGCCAUAUGGUAAAGUUAUAAUUCCUGUGAACAAAUUAUAUAGAAAUGACAACACAAUACCUACUUUCUACUUUCAUAUUUUGAUUACAAAAGCAUGUAAUUGUAUAGGAGAUAUAAUUCAUAACUAGGACCAUCUCUGUAUCCGCGGGUUUUAACGCCUAUACCAGUAAUGGAAUUACCGCCUGUAAUUUCAGAGCUAUCCAGGUGAUGUCUUGGUACUUUUUAAGCUUACAGUUACACGUGUGGCUAAUAGGUCAUGGAUGUUAAUAAUGUACCCUUCUUUAGGUUUUAAGGCAGUCUUUUGACAUAGUGUACAUCGGCUUCGAUGUACUCUGUUGUGUAAAUAAAUCUUAUAUGAAUACUUA